AUGACAUUAAAGUCUUUCUCGUCUUGUGUCAGUUCCAAGUGCGUCGACCCUACCGUCCCCCAACAGGAGCACCCACACCGACCAAGCCGAGCACGGUCAGACCGCACCCCGCUCCCGCCCUCGCCCCCGCCCUCGCCCUCGCCUUCGCCCUCGCCUUCGCCCUCGCCUCCGCUCCCGCCCUCGCCCCCGCCUCCGCUCCCGCCUCCGCACCCGCCCCGCGCCUCCGCUCCAGCCCAGAGCCUCCAAACAAGUAAAGUUAUCUCUAUCGGAAGUCAAUCCUUGAUUGUGGCCGCUUUUGACUUCGGAACCACGUACAGUGGCUACGCAUUUUCAUCCAAAGACUCUCCAAAUGACGUCAAAACUAACAAGAAUUGUACUACCGGGUCUGGUAAACUCAUCUCAUUUAAAACACCGACAAGUGUUCUUCUCAAUAAGGAUGGUGAGUUCAACUCCUUUGGAUUCGACGCCGAGGACAAGUAUUCGACUUUGGCAGAGGACGGAAAGCACUAUGGUUGGAGACUGUUUAGAAGAUUUAAGAUGGUUCUACACAAUCAGUGCAUUUCGCGUUCAGCAACAGUUGAAGAUUUGGAAGGUAAAACUUUCAAAGCCAAACCGAUAUUUACGAUGUCGCUCAAGUAUCUACAGAAACACCUGUUGGACGCUUUGAGUAUGAGAACAAUUGGGACAAGAGAAACUGACAUCAGAUACAUAAUAACCGUACUAGCUAUCUGGGGAAUAGCUGCCAAACAGUUCAUGAGAGAAGCAGCGAUUGAGGCUGGAAUCGAUACCGCCCGUCUAAAAUUGGCCCUGGAGCCCGAGGCAGCCGCAGUCUGUUGUGAGGACCUCGGUCACACGUUAGUUGGACAAAAGUUCAUGGUCGUCGACUUAGGAGGUGGAACUGCUGACAUAUCUGUCCACGAAAAACAAAGUGAUGGCUCACUGAAGAAUAUUCACGCCCCUAGCGGCGGUCCUUGGGGCGGAAUAUAUGUCGAUGCAAACUUCAUAGCGUUUAUGGAAGAAGCUUUUGGGACAUUGGCCAUUAAUGCCUUGCAAAGUAAAGAUAUGUACGAUUACUUUGAUAUCAUUCGUGACUUUGAGGUAAAGAUGAGGAAAUUCGAGUUUGAUUCUCAGACCGACAUUACAUUUCGCAUACCAGUGACGGUGAACCACAUAAGCGGUAUUCUUAAAGAAGAACGAAUAAAAGAUGUCGGUCUUAUCGUCUUAGUUGGAGGGUUUGCGGAGAGUCCAUACGUACAGCAUAGGAUUAAGGAAGAACUUCCUGGGAUGAAGAUGAUAGUUCCUGGAGAGGCGGGUCUUGCCGUGUUGAAGGGAGCCGUGAUGUUUGGACACAAGCCUGACAUCAUUUCAUCCAGGGUUAUGGAUUACACGUAUGGGAUAGAUGUACAUCGAAAAUAUGACGAGAAAAAACAUCCUGCCGAAAAGAAAGUAUACGAAGACGGAAAAUGGGGAGUCAAAGACUUUUUCAAGAUUUUUGUAAGAUCGAAUGAAGAGGUGCAAGUUGAUUCCAAAGUGACACAUUUGUCCAUACCUAGAGCUGAACAUUCUAAAAUUAGAAUAUACAGGACAAAGGACAGGGAUCCGGCAUACACAACAGAUCCUGGAUUUGAACAACUUGGUCUAAUUGAAAUAGUCAACAAUACAGACAUUCCACUGAAGGAACAGACAAUUGAGACAACGUUCAUGUUCGGAGACACAGAGUUGCAUGUAUUCUGUGAGAAUGUAAAGACUGGCAAAGUGGAGACAUUAACACUUGACAUGAACAAAUAA